AUGGACAGGGACAUGUUUAUCUCGCUGGCACGAUUCACGACGCACCCUGUCCAGCAACUCAAUCUGGACACCAGCCGGACGUUUCCCCUCUGCGUUCAUGCUAUUGCCAUCCACGUCUCCAUCUCGGCUUCUAUUACGGCACCUAUUACGGGCCUUCCAGCUGGCUCUGCCCUGGCCUGCUCAGAUUGGGUUGACACCACCGCCGACCGCCCCUCUUUCCUGGACAGGCUUGCGACUGCGGGACGCAAGCUGCCCCCGGCCGUCUGGGACCUGCGUAUGCCCAUGUGCGUAGACUCGGUAGCUGCAUCAUUUCCCCGUCUGGCGUGGGUGGAGGCGGCAUGGAGGGUGGGAGGAAGGCGAGGAGAAGGGCGCACACCUCGAGGUGGGUGGCCACGACCGAGUUGGAGAAGCCCGCUAGACGUCAGGGCGGGGACUUUCAUUGGGAGAGACAAUAUUGACCCCGACUCUCGCUUCCCCAUGAGGAUGCUGGUGUGA